UUAUUGGCGUUAAGCGCCCGCCUUGAGUAGUGACGCCGUAGCGGUGCUCUGCCUGAGGACUCGGCAAGCUUCAAACUAAUCAACACUGAUUAGCGGGUGUCAUGUGACCCCUUUCCCCGUGUCAAAGAAUGACUGGAUAUUUCUGGAGCCCAAAACAGAUCAGCGAAAAGAUCCACACUAUAAGGAGAUGAAUUAUCACUGUGCAAAACGUUGCUUGAUUUCUUUGGUUUUUGCCCUCGUGGCUCAGCGCUGCUGGUGUUUCUCAACCGUCAAGAUGAGAACACCUGAGCAGAGACCACAGCUCGCCCUGCCGAGAGUCAUCUGCUCUCCCCGAAGAAUAAAGGCUGUGUUUGGGCCGCUAGUCAAAAAUAAUCUUCUUGUUAGAGAUAUAUCAGGGGCCACAAUCUCAGUGCCUCAAUCUCAGGGGCCCUGUGGAGUGAGAAUGGGCAGAGAGAAAAACCAGAGCCUCUCCUUCUUCAGCAGAUAUGACAGCUGCUAUGCUCAGAUUGAGGGCAGCAAAGUGGUCAUACCUCUGCAGGUCCAGCUGAGAGGAGAGGAUCAGUGGUUCAGGGUAAAUAUCAGCUGUCCUCUGAUAAAGAGAUACAGUGAGAGGACUCCACUUAUCCCAACACCGUUACCUGGAAAGUGUGACACAGAAAGCGCUCUGCGAGUGGACUGUGGCCAUCAAACCAUUUCUAGUGAUGCCUGCUACAAACUAGGUUGCUGCUAUGAUGCUCAUGAUUUCAUCUGCUACUAUAGACUUAAUGCCUGCUCUCUGGACGGACAUUUUGUCUUCUCAGUAACGGCUACAGACACAGACCUGCCUAUCACUCCCGGCAGCCUCAUAGUCAAGGAUCAGCCACAGUGUUUCCCUGUGGUCACCACUCCAGACACGGCUGUUUUCAAAAUUGGAGUCAUGGACUGUGGUGCAAAGAUGAAGGUAGAUGGAGAUGUUUUGAUCUAUGAGGUGGAAGUGGAGGAGCUGAAUACUGAAAGUAAAUCCAAACAUUCGGCAUUUAGUCUCCAGGUCUUGUGUGAAUAUUCAGCAAAAGAUCUAAAGCGUGCAGCAGACUUGCGUAGCUUGUAUGCAGUGAUAAACCCACCGCCUGUGGUUGCACUGGGAACCAUCAGAGUGCAAAUGAGAAUAGCUACAGAUGCAUCUUUCACAUCCUUUUUUCCUGAAGACCAGCUUCCACUGAACUUGCCCCUGCGUGAAGCUGCAUAUGUGGAAGUUUCCAUCGCCCAGCCGUACCCAGACCAUACACUUUCCCUACGUGUACGGGAUUGCUUUGCCUACCCUGCAUCUAGACACUCUGUGUGGACACUUCUCUAUGACGGAUGCCCAAACCCUUUGGAUAACACAAGAAGCUCUGUCCCUGUGGACAACCAGGGGAAGACUAGCUCCCACUCCCAAGUGAGGAGGUUUGAUGUCAAGACCUUUGCCUUCUUGGACCCUCAUACAGGCCAUCCAAGUGUAGAGGAAAUGUACUUCUACUGUUGGGUGGAAAUCUGCACAGAUGAUGUUGACUGUGCACAGAGUUGUGCCAUCAUUUCUUCUGAGGGUGAGAGACAGCGAAGAGAGACCAUGACUGAAUCCAGCCAGGUCCACUUGGUGUCCUUAGGUCCACUGCUACUGGGACAGAACAACACUGAACUGGAAGACAAUCCAUGUGUGAAACAGAACAUAAUGUUCCAGGUGACAGUGUAUACCCUUUCUGGUGUUGGUGCUGCCCUGCUGCUGAUCCUGCUGUUCACUGUGUGGUCAAGCAUCACAAAGUGUCAGAAGACGGAAAUGCGGCAAGCUUGUGAUCCACAAGUUGACGAGUCCUCUGGUUGGCUGCCUCACUGUGGGGACGGGCCUUGGCACCCUUGUGCCCUCUUGUGACUUUCACCCAGCCCUCUUCAUCCUCUUGCUGCUGCUCAGCCACCCUCCUCUGCUCCUCCACUUCCUGUGACAAAGAAAAACCCAGCUUGAAGUCACGUGGACUAGACGGGUGGGGUGAUGCUGGACGAAGAGCUGAAAAUUCUCACCUUUUCUUUCCGCUUGUCGUAGUCUUCCAUAAAGGAGUUGACUAUUUGUUGCAGUUUUUCUGGCUGAAUGAAAGACUCUGUGUACUGCUGAAUCCAUUCUGAUGUAAGAAAAUUCACAUAACACGCAUGUGUCCUAACACUUUUGUUUUUUUACAUUGAAUAUGUUCAUCAAGGAAGUGGCUGGAAUUCUAAUAUGUGGUUCAUAUAUAAAAGAGUUAAAGCAAAGCAACACAACACCACAAUAUGAAAAAAAUGAG